AUGUCCAAAACAAUUUCUUUGUUGGCAGGUGUUAUUGCCGUCUCUGCAAUCACCUACAAAUACACCAAUGAUAUUCAACACGACCGUCAAGCACUUCGACAGCGUAUCAACGGAGGUCCCAUAAAGACCCAGGAUGUCAACACCCUUGAACCUUUACCUAUUGUCACUCAAUCUCAAGUCUACCUUUCCCAACGACUCAUUCCUUCGCUCAAGGAUUCAUGGAAUGCUCAUGUAACAAAAGCUGCUCAUGCUGUCAUCUACUCUGACGCUCCCAACAAGAUCAAGAAGUUCUGGGUUAAGAAUGUUCUUGGCAAUCGUGUCGAUUAA